AGAAUGGAGGGCCGAAAGGAGAGAGGGGGAACAGGCGCGUGAAAAACACAGCUUUCUUCGUACCCUCUCGUUUGGCCUCCUCGGUUUUUGCCAUGGUCACAGUACCCACACUCUCUCUGCUAUUGGCCCUGGUAGAAUGGGCGGGUCAGACUAGCUCCUCUCCUCAUCUCUUGCUCCGGCCCCGAGAGCGUGAACGGGACCCGGUGGCAUCAAUGCACUUCAACAUCGCAGUGAUCCACGCGGGCUCAACGGUUCAACAAGGGGAAGCAGGGGCUGCAGCAGCUGCGGGUAGGGUGCCAUACCCGGGCUUCGGACGUGUGCACAGCAGCUUCGGUGAGAGCGUCGUCACCCAGUGGGGAUCCGCAAAUGUAAUUUGGCUCCAGGUGAAUGACAGCAGCCCCAGGACGCUGCUCUCUCAGCUGUGUGACUUGCUGGCAGCCAGACCCCUUCAGGGACUUGUGUAUGAAGAUGAGAGACCCCUCCCGCUGGCCUCUGGCCCCCUGGCCCCCAUGCUGGAGUUCGUUUCAGCCCAGACCGGCCUCCCCAUUGUUGCUGUGGGAGGGGGAGCGGGUCUGGGCAGGGUACCACAGGAGACCGGCUCAAUCUUCCUGCAGUUCAGCUCUUCCACCGCACUCCAGUUGGAGGUGAUCUUUGAGGUGCUGGAGGAGUACGAUUGGACGGCCUUCUCGGUGGUGUCCACACGUCACCAUGGCUACCAGGACUUCCUGUCAGUAGUGGAAGGUUUGACCGACGGGUCAUUCAUCGGCUGGGAGAAGAAGAGCGUAGUGAUGUUGAAUUUAACCGAUGAUCCGGGAGGAGCACGCGCACGGCGGCUGCUGAAAGAGAACGACGCACAGGUGCGGUUGUUGUACUGCUCUCAGGAGGAAGCAGAACAGGUGUUCCAUGCUGCUUGGGCAGCUGGUCAGGCCAGCGCCUCUCACAUAUGGUUCGCGGUGGGUCCAGCUUUGUCCGAGCUGGGCCUGACCGGACUACCCAGUCGGCUGUUUGCGGUCAGACCACAGGGCUGGAGGGACGAGCCCCGCAGACGUAUCGCCCGUGGGGUGUCCAUUCUUACUCAUGGAGCUGUCGCGUUGCGUAAGGACUAUGGAGCCACUGGAGGGCCGCACUUUGUCACUAACUGUCAGACGGAUGGCAACGGAACACAGAGGAUCCGCGGUAGAAUGAAGUAUUUCAGUAACAUCACGCUCGGUGGGCGGGACUAUUCGUUCAAUAACGAGGGCUACCUGGCCAAUCCCUUUCUGGAUGUCAUCUCCUACACGCCUGGGAGUGGCUGGGAAGACGUAGGAUGGUGGGAGAAUGGGGUGUUACGUCUGAGGUACCCUGCUUGGUCUCGAUAUGGUCCCUUCCUGCAACCGCCCGAUGAUGCUCAGCACCUGAGGGUGGUGACCCUGGAGGAGCGGCCCUUCGUUAUCGUGGAGCUUGCAGACCCUGCCUCUGGAACCUGCAUUAGAGACUCUGUGCCAUGCAGACGUCCUCUCAAUGCCAGUGCACUUCAGGAAGGGGUGGCACCCAUGAAACAGUGCUGCAAGGGAUUCUGCAUCGACAUCCUUAAGCGAUUGGCCAAAAUUGUUGGCUUCACCUAUGACCUCUACUUGGUCACCAAUGGGAAACAUGGGAAAAAGAUUGAUGGAGUUUGGAACGGGAUGGUGGGAGAGGUUGUGUACAAGCGGGCAGACAUGGCGAUCGGCUCUCUCACUAUCAACGAGGAGAGGUCAGAGGUCGUGGACUUCUCUGUGCCCUUCGUGGAGACGGGCAUCAGUGUCAUGGUCUCUCGCAGUAACGGAACCGUAUCUCCCUCUGCUUUUCUUGAGCCGUACAGCCCUGCUGUGUGGGUGAUGAUGUUUGUAAUGUGCCUGACCGUGGUGGCAGUGACGGUUUUCAUCUUUGAGUUCUUCAGUCCAGUGGGGUACAACCGUAGCCUUCAGAGUGGCAAGAAGGCCGGAGGUUCUAAGUUCACAAUAGGGAAGUCAAUCUGGCUUCUUUGGGCUCUGGUCUUUAAUAACUCCGUUCCAGUGGAGAACCCCAAAGGAACCACUAGCAAGAUCAUGGUUCUUGUCUGGGCUUUCUUUGCUGUCAUCUUCCUGGCUAGCUACACUGCCAACCUGGCUGCCUUCAUGAUCCAAGAGGAAUACAUUGACACUGUGUCUGGCCUCAGCGAUAAAAAGUUUCAGCACCCCACAGAUCAGUACCCCCCUCUGAAAUUUGGAACGGUCCCUAACGGAAGCACAGAGAAAAACAUCCGCAGUAACUAUCCAGACAUGCACCAGUACAUGAUCAAAUACAACCAGAGAAGUGUGGAGGAUGCCAUCUCCCACCUCAAGACUGGUAAACUGGAUGCCUUAAUCUAUGAUGCGGCUGUAUUAAACUACAUGGCUCGUAAAGAUGAAGGCUGUAAAGUAAUGACCAUCGGCUCAGGGAAAGUAUUCGCCACGACUGGUUAUGGCAUCGCCCUAAUCAAGAACUCCCGCUGGAAACGGCCAUUGGACCUGGCCUUACUGCAGCUGGUGGGCGACGAUGAGAUUGAGAUGCUAGAGCGUCUCUGGCUCUCAGGGAUCUGUCAUAAUGAUAAAAUUGAGGUGAUGAGCUCCAAACUAGACAUAGACAACAUGGCUGGUGUCUUCUACAUGCUACUGGUGGCCAUGGGCCUAAGUCUGCUGGUCUUCGCCUGGGAACACCUGGUUUACUGGAGGCUACGGCACUGCAUGAGCAAAAUGGGCCAGUCUGGCAAACUGGACUUCCUACUCGCCUUCAGCAGGGGAAUGUAUAGCUGCUGCAGUUUUGAAGAUGAAACUGCACAAGGUGGGGCUAAAGUCACAGUUCCUGGCCACCAUCAUACUGCCAUGGUUCCUGCUUCUUCCUCACAUGUGGUCACUUCAGCUGUAUCCACUUCGGCCAUUGCCAUGGUGCAGCAGCAGCAGCAACCACAACAGCCUCAACCUCCUCAGUCUUACAAAACACCUCUUCCUGGAUCCCCUCCCACAAUUGUUCAUUCUGGAGCGGUCUUGGGUCCCACAAAUACUCAACUUGUAGGAGCUCCACUACCAUGCACUACUUUCUUACCCCGGCCUGAUCGCAGGUUGGCGGUUGUGGACCGCUGGAGACUACCCAAAACCACUAGUGCCACAACCUCCAUGGGUGUGAGAGGAGCUCUAGCAGAAACAGGACCCCUGCCUCAAAAGGUGCCACCUACCUGGGCAGGUGGUGGAGGUGCAGGUAGUGGUCUAGAUGGAUAUAAGCGCUACUAUGGACCUAUUGAUCCAGAGGGACUUGGGCCAUGUGUGGACCAACAGACAGGCUCUCAAACUCCCAAAGCAGUCCCCAGAGCCCACCAACAACCCCCACCAACUAGUGUGGUUUUCUACCAGGAGAAGGGCAUGGACCAUGGCAUGGGGAAGAAGGUGGGAGCGGGUACUGGUGGAGGGGGUCAGGGUAGAGGGGUUAAAUCUCUGGGGACUCCCAGGCUUCCUCCUAAAGGCCAGGCCCCAGCCCCACUGACACCUAACCCCCCGCUGCAGCACCCCUCUCCCCCUCUCCCUUCAUCUUUCUGGAGGAAACGGCGACCAAAAAAGCCCAAAGAACCUGGUGGCCCAUUGUACGAGAACAUCCUGCCACUGGGCCGGAGAGGUGGAGGCAGGGAAGCGAGUCGAAGACCGAGACCCUCUCCUCCUCUCCCCAUCCCCGUGCCAGUCACACUUUCCCCAAGCUACACUCCUCCAUCCCCCUCUCCCUCACUACCCUACACCUCCACAUCAUCCUCCUCAUCCACCACCAGCUCCUCAACCACAUCCUCAGCCACAUCCUCACGCUCCACCUCUCCUUCAUCCACUUCCACAGCUUCAUCUCGUAGCACCAGAGACAUAGAGGCUGAGGAAGAGGAUGAGGAGGAUUUGGAUGAGCUGACCGAAGAGUCUAGUCUUCUGCAGGGCCAAAACAGAACCAGGGACCGAGAGCGGUCCAUACUUUCCCCUAGAUCUCUCACUCAUGGACUUCCCCCUCCUAUACCCCCACGCAAACCGUGGGGCACCUUUGGAGACAGAGAGCAUAAGAAAGACAGAGAAAGAGAAAGGGGUGGCAGUCAACUAGCACAGCUUCAGGAAUGGUGGGCAGGAUGGGCAGAGAGAGAGAGGGACAGGGAGAGAAGUGGCGGAGCCCAGGGAGAUACAGAAAGGAAAAGAGAGAGGAAACAUAGGAAAGAGAGGGAAAAGGAGAAAAAGAAAAAGAAGAAGAAAAACAAAAAACGAAAAAAGAGGGAGGAGCGUGAAAGAGAAAGAGAAAGAGAAAGGAAGCGUCGUAAGGUGAAAAAGAAGAAAAAGAAGGCAAUGAAAACAAAGAAGAAGAAGAAGGUGCCAUCCGGCAAGCGGUCGGAGCCAGAGGAGGGUGAUGUUGAGGCAGAGAGAGAUGGAGAGGGGGAUGGGGAUAGAGAGGGAGAGUACUCUUCAUUUUCCACUCAAUAUCGCAGUGGAUUUGUGGACAAAGGCAGCCUUUCAGCUUGGGAGGGAGAGAGAGAAAGAGGGAGGAGAGAUGGAGGUGAGGAUGACAGGGAUGAACGAGAGGAUGAAAGUGGGGGAGGUAGAGGCAGAGAGAUAAGACCCAAAAGCUCCCAUUUACGACACCGACCAUCCUGUAAACGCUAUCCCAACCUCAACAAACUUCCCUCUUCAGUUAAAUUCUGGGUCAGUGGAGGUGAAGCAGGUGGCACGGAGGCCUCCGGACCCUCCCCUCCCUCCUCUUUACAUACACUCCUCUCCUCGUCCAAGAGACGGAGUAGUAGUGGGGUAGAGAGAGAGGAAGAAGGGAGAGUAGGAGAACGCAAGCCACUGCUUCUCCACUAUGAAAGGGGGCGAGUUAACACAAGAGAAGGCUUGUCCUUCCAUGAGUGGGACUCUGAGGAUGAGGAGGAAGAAGGGGAAGAAGAGGAGAGAGAGAGAGAACGAGAAAGAGAGAGAAUAGAGGAGAGAGUGCGACGGGCAGGGAGAGGUGCAGUGUCAGAGUCUGAACGGGAUAGAAUCAGAACAGAAGAAAGCUUUUCCGAUGAAGGGUCCUCAGGAGAGUUUGGCCGUUUUGAGAGAUACUGGGAAGGAACUGGAGCGGGUGGAGCUAGUGGAAUUGGGGGUGGGGGCUGGUUUUUUGGAACGUAUCCUGCUCGAGAGAAAGGUGGAAGUGUCAACAGUAGAGAUGACUCUAUUUUGGGUCGGGCAGAAGGAUGGGGAUUGGCAGGUGAUUUUUGGGGUUCGGGUUCGGGUCCGGGGAUUGGAUGGGGAUCUGGAGGAGGCAGUGGAGGGCUAGGUUCACAGUGGCCACCCCCUCCCACUUCCCUGCCGCCACCACGGCGCUACUGGUCAGUCGACAAACUACAGAUGAAGGGUGAGAAGCGAAGCCGCAGUGGGUCAAAGAGCAAAGGUCAGAGGUCUCGGGAGAGAAUGCAAGACGCAGCAUCAUGUACGUGUACACAGUAUGGGCACGGUAGGCCCCACAUACACCACAAACACAGCAGCACUCAGUCUCACAGCCAGGAGGAUCUGCUUCCCCACUGCCACAGCUUCAGUGGAAGCUCUCGGCCCAAACCACCCCCUAUACCUGACAAAUCCAAAUCCGGAAGCCAGUCCAACCUUAACUCCCAGCAAGCCCAGCUCUCCGAACACAUACCCCAUCCAUCACCCUCCCCACCUCAGCCACUCCUGCCCUCAUUGCCUCUACCUUCUGCUCCCAACUCCCUACCCAUGCCCAUUCCUCCACCUCCAUCCUCUGCAUCCAUGUCCCCUCCACCUGUGCUCUCUCCCGGGGGUGCUUCCGGCUCCUCCCAGGCAGCCACCGCCAGUGCUAAGCUUCAGUACCAGAGACUUCGGUCUGUGCCCCAGCCAAGGCGAUUCUACUCCCCACACCUGCCACUCAAAGCCAAGAGUUUGUGCUCACGUCGUGGUUCUGCCCAUUUCUCCAGCCUAGAAAGUGAAGUAUGACACGGGGCUUCGCUGCUGCACAUGUAUGUGAGCUCUACUGUGAAGCGCAGCUGGAGUGUGAUGCACAUACAUGUGCCGCACCAAGACGAGGAAAACAUCCACGACAGUGACCAGAGCAGCAAAGAAACAACAGUCAAAGCAGGAAAUGGCUCAACAAAUUCCACCACGGUCACAAUGGAUACUCCAGCCAUGCUCCAUCUUCGGUCUGAGUUGAGUAUUACGAUGUCCUCCGUGCUCCUCUCCUCCAAUGAGAACAGUGGAUAGCAAAUGUCUGGGAUUUUCUGUGAGUAAUGAUGUCAUGUUUACACAUAUACACUCCCUCAAACAAGGAAAAGACAUCUUUGCAUCGUGCACAUACGACAUGUGACGACAGACAUCAAAUACUGCUGUGGCUCAAACUGACUAUUCAGUUUAUUUACAGACUCAGAAUUAAUCUAUAUUCAAUCUGAAUGCAGUCUUGGAGAGGCUCAGAUGAUCAGCAUCAACCCACUGACUGAAAAAGUGUAUCCAUGGCAACCUGAUGCACAUAGAUACAGACAUGCCCUUUUUUUUCUUUUUGACACUUGCAACAUUGAUGUUAUGCCAUCACCCUUUGGCUUCCUCUUUCAAGGCCAUGCUGGAAAAUUAUUAAUUGAAAUUUGACCUCAAAGUAAACAAGAGUAAACUAUGUCUCUUUCUGUAUUUCUGAUUCCAAGCUAAUCAGAACUUACAUGGAGCCAUUUCACUCAUCAGAACUUUGGUUGUCCUAUCAAAACUCCAAUGCCACGGUGUCACUUUGACAUCAAAUAGAGAUGACAUUAUGUUCUAAAGAGACAUACUUCAAAAGAAAAACAAUAAGAACACAAACAAAAAUGUAGCAAUUUUUCCUGUAUAAUUUUUUUCCCUUCAGGUUUUCUUUUCUUUUAAUGCUGUUUAUUGCUCUCACUGUGGUCGUAUUUUAACAAAAGGGUAAACCAGCUGUGUCUGAUGUUAAAUAGUGGGAUUAUAGAUGCAAGGGCAAUUUUUACUAAGUUAUUUAUUUGUUUUGAUAUCAGAAUUUUCAAAUUGUCAAAACUAGUUCCACGGCCACUGCCCAGUACAAUGGUCCUUUCUUUGCAUACAAGCAAUACUUGUCUUUCGUCAAACCAUGAUGGGUUGCAAUAUUUAUGAUUGGCACUAGAUGGCUACAUAAUAUUAAAAACUGUACAUUAAUGAUUACAAAUGGUGGACCAUGAGUGGAUCAUGCCUGUUGUUUUGUUCCUUAAUCAUCACAUGUUAGAACUGGAACAGACAGCUUACAGCGUUUCUGGGAUGGUAAAGGGCAUUGUUUAGAAGAGCUGAGGCUGUCAUUGUCACUGAUUGUGCAUUUUCAAGUCAAGCCUACUUCCAGUGCAGAGUUGCAUGUAAUAAAGCACAAGUUGCUGACUCUUGUCAGUGCAAACGUUAACAUAUGAUAAUGAGGAGUCAAGGACAGACACAAUACUGAUCGAUUUUGAGCCAAAAGCAUCCUACACCAUUUAUUUUGGCGAAAGAAUUGAUGUCAGUCAUACAGAGAUUCAGUUUCUGAAUACCUAUUUGACGUCAGGCACCGCUUAUUUGCCCAUGUUGUAGUUGAAUGUAGCUUUGAAAUGAUUUAGCAAAAAGUAGAUAUGCGGUAGAUUUUGUAGCAUUCUGGAUGCAGUUACACAUCACAAGAAGUGACAAUUACACUUUUAUUAUGGGGGGCAUAGAGGGCUUGUACAUGUCGUCACAGAUCAACAGAUUCGAUUGCCCUUUAUUUGAUACACCUGUUCACGCGGAAAUAAGUUAUGUUUGUCUCCCUUUCAUAUCUUGUUCAUUUAAACAAGACCACUUGGGGAAGGUUCGCCAUCAUUUGCAGUGAAAUUUAGGGCUUUUCCACUUUUUAAAGACCCACGUGUCAUCGCAUGAGUCAAGAAAUAACAAGCUCAGGUAUUGAAUUGCGUGUUGUGUAAACCGAAUCACACACAGCCGCUUAAUCCCCUCGGUCAGCGUUUCUUCCAAUGCCGGGAAUACGGGUGCGUCAGCGGAAAGUCCACCGCACCCGGCAUGGAAGCGUGGCGGGGGGCAGGGAGAUGGAUGUAGAAUGAUUGAAUUAAUAUAGUGUGCCAUGAGUACACUUGAUCUGUCAUUGACCCUUACUGAGUCAGAAGGCGCUAACACAGUAUUCUGUGACUGCAUGUACAGAACGGACUUAUAAUUCCCAUGUAGCUUUUUUCUUGAAAACAAAAAAGAAAUAUUAUCUCUAUAUACUGUUUUUGAUAAUGUAUCAUGUUAUACUGUGAAUUGACUUAGAUAUUUUAUUGCCCAUUGUAUUCAGUUUUCAUUGCCAUCAUAUCAUUUAUCUAUACAAAAUAUAUAUGUACAAAUAAAUAUAUACAUAUAUAUACAGACAGGUAUAUAUAAUAAGUUAAGUUUGAUAUACUUGGAGGAAGUGGUAGAU